ACGGGAUUUACGCAGAAGGAUGUUACUCCUGAGGUAAGUAUCGCUUUCGUUAUGAGCUAUGUACCAUGGUUCAAAGAUGAUCACGAUUGGGCAAAAUCGAGUCAUGCUGAGUGGCUAUUAGGCGGUCUCACCGCUCAUACACAAACAUGCACCUGGCCUGGUGUAAGCAUUGCCAUUCGCUUAUCCAAGUAAGUCAACCGACUCAUCGUUCAUCUAGGCAUGGCAUGCUCGCCGCAUCCCUUCAAGUUACGCCAUGUAAGUGAUCCGGCUCCCAACGCCUCCCCAGCUAGUCUCACUUGGAACUAUGACACUGAAGCUUACAACAAAAACAAGUUGCCAUGAUGGCCCGCCCUGUUGCCGGAGUCAGAAACAAAACCCUCAUCCUAACGUUACCCGGCUCGCCUAAAGGUGCCGAGGAGAAUCUCGAGGCCGUCCUUCCUAUGCUAGCGCACGCGUGUCAGCAGGCUGCUGGGGCGGAUUCACGAAGUCUGCACGUGGGUGGUGUGGGGAAGCUGGAGAAGGAGGCUGGUCUCAAGCCCCCAACUCCCACCACCAGUGCCGAUUCUGGCGGGUUGCAAGAUACUUCCGUGCAUGGGCAUCACCACCAUUCUCAUGAUCACGACCAUAGCCACAGCCAUGGUCACGGCGGUCACAGCGCCCCCAAGGCGCAUACGAGUCCCUCCGGCCGUGGCCCUCUCUCCAACGACCCAAACGCCGGACCAACGAGACGACACAGGGAGUCGCCUUACCCCAUGCUCUCUGUCUCCGACGCCUUAAAUCAGAUCUACGAUCACACUCCUGAGCCGAAAGUUGUCACCUCGCCGCUCAGUGAAUCCCUAGUCGGUAGCGUCCUCGCCUCAGACGUCUCAGCGCGAGAGUCUGUGCCUGCGUUUCGAGCCAGUAUCGUAGAUGGGUACGCUAUCGUCGCAUCUGAUCACGCACUAGUGCCUAGCACAAAGGGUAUCUUCCCGGUGACAGCAAUCUCGCAUGCCGCCGGCUCAGAAGGCGAGACGGACGAGUUAAGAACCGGCGAAGUAGCGCGUAUUACAACCGGAGCGCCUCUUCCACCCGGCGCUACCGCUGUAGUAAUGGUGGAAGACACGACCCUCCGCUCCAUGACCGACGAUGGGAAGGAGGAGAAAGACAUUGAGAUCCACACCGAUGCCAUCAAGUCCGGCGAGAACGUUCGCGAAGUUGGCUCAGACGUCAAAGCGGGUGAGGUGGUAAUGCGAAAAGGCGAAGCCAUUACCUCCGUAGGCGGAGAGUUCGGGUUACUGGCUUCUGUCGGCACGCAAGAAGUGAGCGUUUACCGCCGCCCAGUCGUAGGCGUGCUCAGCACAGGCGACGAAAUUGCGCCGCACGAUCGCCCUGGCGAGCUGAGGAGGGGCGAGGUGAGAGACACCAAUCGGCCUACUCUCCUUACUGCGAUAAGAGGGAGUGGAUUCGAGGCGGUGGAUCUGGGUAUUGCAUCCGACGCUCCUGGUUCCCUCGAGGCAGUCCUACGUGACGCAAUGCGCUCUGUUGAUGUGAUCGUGACGAGUGGAGGCGUCAGCAUGGGUGAAUUGGAUCUUCUCAAGCCCACCAUCGAGAGAGCACUUGGCGGCACGAUACAUUUCGGGCGAGUGAGCAUGAAGCCGGGAAAGCCAACCACUUUCGCCACCGUCCCGUUCAAACCAUCUUCCUCCGAACCCGGCGAGGGUGGGCGAGAGAAGCGUGUGAUCUUCAGUCUACCGGGUAAUCCGGCUAGCGCAGUAGUGACGUUCCAUCUGUUCGUCCUGCCGGCGUUGCAGAAGAUGGCCGGCCAGUCGGAGCCGUGGGGUCUGCCGAAGGUGAAGGUGGUGCUCGGGCAGGAUGUGCGCAUGGACCCAAAGAGGGCGGAGUACCAUCGGGUUGUGGUAACCGCCAAGGCAGAUGGGAGGCUGUAUGCGGCAAGUACUGGGUUCCAGCGAAGCUCGCGGAUCGGGAGCUUCAAAGGUGCCAAUGCGCUGCUCUGUCUGCCUGCCAAGGAGGGCUCAUUGGCGAAGGGAGAAAGCAUUGAGGCGCUGCUUAUGGGGAGGUUGCUUAGUGAGCUGUAACAAUUACUCGGAGAUGCUGCGCUCAGUCAUUGUCGUCCUCGUCUCCCAGCGUGCCGGGCUCGUCUGGGUCUUCGAUGCCGUUAAACAUGCUAAUGUCUUCUCUGCUGUCGUCAUUCACAUCCACAGCCGCUGUGGACGACACUGUAGGAAGAAGCAAAGCUUUGCUCGCACUCUGCGCGCGUCGAAUAUGGAUCCGCGCACGACGGAUGGCCUCCUCCUCCGCUUUGCGGAUGGUACCAGAGACCCGCACGACUUGCAGAACGCAUGGCUGCUCAACCGGUCUGGGCAGGCGUGUAGUGAAGGUCAAUGCGGCCCAGACGAGGCGAUAGUGUUCCCUCGCUACACGGAUGAUUGCCGUGCUCGUU